AGUGGAAUUAAACUUUUGAUUAUUGAGAUUGUAAGUUAUUGCAACAAUAUGGAUAUCUUGUAAACACAAAAAUGAUAAAAAUUCAAAUAAAACUUUUCACUAUUAAAGAAAUCUCAAUAAAAUUAUUGUUAAAUCGAUUUCUGAUGCAUUGAAACUUUUACUGUCUCAUUUAUACAUUUUUUAAUUUUUAACUGACAUCGAAUUGAAUUUAUGACUAUUAUUAAAAAAAAAAACAAUUAAAGAAAGGAAAACAAAAAAUUGUCGACUUUGAUUCUAUUAUUCGCAUCUAAUUUGCUUUAUAAACGAAACAAAGAAAGUUAAUUUAAAGCGUCGAUUUCAUCAUCCCAACAUUAGAAAGAAAAACAAGAAAGAAAAAUUAUAUAACUAUGUUUAUGUACGUUCUAUGUAUUUCAAAAUAUUAACGAAUUUGGUCAUGUUGGUCGCACUGUAAAUACAGCACGCCGCCGUGUACCUGCGCUUUCCCUUCAUGAACGCUUUACGGAGAUUUUCAAGCAUGGCAGCAAAACCCAUCGUUUUUGUGACGGGGAACGCAAAGAAGUUGGAGGAGUUCAUAGCGAUCCUCGGUCCACGCUUUCCCCGGGAGAUCACGAGUCGAAAGAUCGACCUGCCCGAAUACCAGGGUGAAAUCGAUGAGAUCUGCAUCAAAAAGUGCCGCACGGCGGCGGAGAUCGUCCGGGGCCCCGUCAUAAUCGAGGACACCUGCCUUUGUUUCGACGCACUCAAGGGUUUGCCAGGUCCCUACAUCAAGUGGUUCCUCGAUAAACUUGGUCCCGAUGGGCUCAACGCCAUGCUCGUCGGCUUUGAUAAUAAGGGAGCGCAAGCCGUCUGUACUUUUGCAUAUUGCGAGGGCAAGCCCGACGACCCUGUUUUGUUAUUUGAAGGUCGAACACACGGUAAAAUUGUCAGCCCACGAGGUUGCCGAGAUUUCGGUUGGGAUCCUUGCUUUCAGCCCGAAGGCAAGGACGUGACUUACGCCGAGCUGCCAAAGGAGGUGAAGAACGAGAUUUCGCACAGAAGUAAAGCUUUGGAAAAACUGAAAGAAUAUCUCCUGAAAGAAGAUAAGAAAAAUCAUGCAUGAGAGUCAUGAUUAAUAUUAGCCAAUUGACGACAAAUUUCAUUAUAAUUAUUCAUUGACGUAUUUUUCGUACGUAUUUUUCUUACGUGUGGAAAGCAGAAUAUGCUGGAUGAAAUACUUAGGAGAAAUAUUUUUUUAUCAAAAAUAGUUUGACCCUUCCGCGUAUGAGAAUUUGUUUAGAAAGACACUCUUUGACUUAAUUUUGUGUUAUGUCCGUAUUUAUAAGCGAUGAAUAAUUCAUUUAGAAAAUAUCAGAACUUUUGACGUAUUACUUGAAAUUGAAACGCGUGUCAAACUAUCAAGAUUACUUUGUGUUUAAGGGGAUUUUUGUUUGAGACUAUGAUUUUACAUUUUCUAGUAUGAAAUGUAACUUAUACAAUUAGAGAUUUACUGCGUCUCUAUAUAUCUUAUUUUUUAAAAUGAACGACAAAGUGUUGAUGAAUAACUAGUGUAAAAGAAAACAAUCAUGAUUGCUGUAAAUACCUGUAUCACUUGAAACAUUGACUACGAUUACAAGUCGUAGGAAAUUUAUUAUAUUUUGAAGUUAAUUCAGCAUCCAGGUUAAGAGUUAAAAUAAUUAAUGAAUAACAAACAGACGAUGUUUCCAGUGAUAUUCAAUUAAUUCAGCUUCUUUUUGAGUUUUACAAAUUUUAUCUGUUUUACGAAUUGACAACCUACAAUGUUUUAUAUUGUAGAAGUUAUUUUAAAAUUUUCGUGACAUUUGAAUUGACCACUACUAUGUUAAUGUACUUAUGAAAGGAUCCAUACUUUUAUUUCUAUCAGCACUCGUUCGCAUUAGAUGUUAACUGAAUUGUUUUCAUAAAAAUCUGCGUGUUCCCUGGAUGAUCUUUAAUAAACCUGGCAACAAAGCAAAAAAGAAA